AUGGUGGUGGAGAAGAACGGGAGGAGCUAUGAAGAAAAUGGCGGAGGGGGGAGGAGCUAUGAAGAAGAGCGGGAAAAAUUCAAAGAGAGAAGGAGGAGGGUAGGAAUGGAGAGUUUCAGCAGGGAAGGGAUUGACAAGAUGGUGGAAAAUGGCGGAGGGGGGAGGAGCUAUGAAGAAGAGACAGAAAAGAGAGAGAGAAGAUGGAUAGAGGGAGAGGGGGUUAGAGGGGCCUUUGUAGUAGCCAGCAAUGAAAGGGUUGGUCAUAUGGAUUUCACCAUCCUUGGAUUUUCUCUGCUUAUGUCUUCUCCUGUUGUUUCUUUUAUAAUUGUACUGUUCAUCUAUAUUUUCAAUGUGGUUGAAAAUUCUCUAAUUAUAUUGACAUCAGUAACAGACCACAAACUUUACAAACCUAUGUACUUCUUCCUGGGAAAUCUUUCACUGGUUGACAUGUCUUUUACGUCGGUCACUUUACCGAAAACAAUGUAUAUUUUCCUUUCUCGGAACAAGACCAUCUGCUUUGUUUGUUGCAUUGCACAGAUGUAUUUUUUUUUAGCAGUUGGUGUGACCGAGUCUUUUCUUCUUGCAUUAAUGUCAUAUGAUCGCUAUCUUGCUAUUUGUAAUCCUUUAAUGUAUCAGUUUAUAAUGACACAAAGAACCUGUACUUUCAUGGUUUUAGGUUGUUGGUUUGGAGGUUUCUCUAGUGUUCUUCUUCCUGUCAUUCUUAUAUCCAAGUUGCCAUUUUGCCAGUCUCAUGAUAUCAAUCAUUUUUUUUGUGAUGUUUCACCAAUCAUUCAGCUGGCAUGCAGUGACAUACGACAGCUUGAGCCAUUUAUAUUCUUCACAGCAAUUAUUGUUAUCCUAGGAUCUUUUUCUGUAAUAGUAAUAUCCUACCUAUGGAUCUUAUUGACCAUUCUAGAAAUCAAAACAUCCACAGGCAAGAAGAAGGCAUUUUCUACAUGUAGUUCCCACCUUACCGCUAUUUCUAUUUAUUUUGGGACAAUUAUUUUUAUGUAUAUUCGGCCCAAGUCUAAAAGUAACCUAAAUUUGGAUAAGCAAGCAGCAGUGUUUUACUCUGUUGUAACUCCAACAUUAAACCCUCUUAUCUAUACUUUAAGAAACAAUGAAUUUAAAAUUUCACUGAAAAGAAGCUGGUUCUUAUUAGAUGGUAAAGACUAA